UUGCUCAUCAAAUGCACCGUCAUUUGAUAUUUCUGUCUCUCUCUCUCUCCCCCUGCCUGUGAGUUCUGUCCUGCAUCUCCCCAUUCAAACGCUGAGCUUUCUCUCGACUCUCCCUUUCUCAACAACAAUGCUUCAAUUCUCUUCUAUGAAAGUCUCAACUUCUUCUUUCCUCCCCCUCCGUUUCUCUCCAUUUCUUUCCUCUUCUUUCCACUCCAUUUCUCUCCCUUUACCUCUCAAUCUCGCUAAACCAUCCAAUCUCCGUCUCCUUCCUUUCCCUCUCCACAUACGCUGCAUCGACGCUGCUCAGCCGUACGAUUAUGAGUCCCAGCUCCAAUCUCAACACCUCAAGUCCCAAUGUCUAAAGAUCGCCAUUAUUGGAUUCGGCAACUUCGGCCAAUUCCUUGCCAAAACCCUUUCUCGUCAGGGUCACACCCUUCUCGCUUACUCUCGUACCAAUUACAGUGAUGCUGCUAAAAAGCUCGGCGUUACAUUGUAUACAAACCCGCAUGAUCUCUGCGAAAGCCAUCCGGAAGUUUUGAUCUUGUGCACUUCAAUUCUUUCUACAGAAGAGGUGCUAAAGUCUUUACCUUUUCAAAGGUUGAAACGUAGUACCCUCGUUGUAGAUGUUUUAUCUGUUAAAGAAUUUGCUAAGAAUGUUUUGUUGAAGUAUUUGCCUUUUGAGUUUGAUAUAUUGUGUACCCAUCCCAUGUUUGGGCCUGAAAGUGGGAAAAAUUCAUGGGUUGGUUUGCCUUUUGUGUAUGAUAAAGUUCGAAUUGGUGAUGGAGAGGAUAGAUUAAGUAGGUGUGAGAAGUUUCUUGAUAUUUUCGCUAGAGAAGGAUGUAGGAUGGUGGAAAUGACAUGUGCAGAGCAUGAUAGGUAUGCAGCAGGGUCACAAUUUGUGACUCACACCAUGGGGAGGGUGUUGGAGAAGUUUGGUUUGGAGUCCUCACCAAUUAAUACCAAAGGGUAUGAGACUUUGUUGAAUUUGGUGGAAAAUACAGCUGGGGAUAGUUUUGAGUUGUAUUACGGGUUGUUUAUGUAUAAUAAGAAUGCUAUGGAACAAUUGGAAAGGUUGGAUAUGGCAUUUGAGGCAAUUAAAAAGGAGUUGUUUGGGAAAUUGCAUCAAGUUUAUAGGAGGCAGUUGUUUGGGACAGCAGAGAGUUUGGGGCAGCAGCCCAGGAUGCAGAAGUUGCUCCAUAAUGGUGCACCUUUGGAACCUCAUUCAGAUGCGAUGAAAGAAGAAAAAUCUUCGACAUAAAUGGACUGUGUUUAUGGUAAUGAAGGUUGCACAGGCAAAAACAUUGCUGAAUCGAAAUUUUCACUCUAGGGGUAUGUUUGUUGCAUGUGACGGUAUCAUAUAAUAAAACGUAUCAACUGCAAACCCUACCUGCAUUUGAUCACCCAUUAGGAUUAGGAGGGCAUCUGAAAUUGCAGGUGCUGUGAUCCAGUUCUUGUCUUUAAGGAUUUGCAGGCCUCCAACAUCAUCCUGUAAGAUAAUGGUAUACCCUGAUCCGUCUGAGUGGGCUUUUAAG